UUCAUAGUUGACAUUUUAUUUAAAAAUUAAUUAAUUAAUAAUAUACUAUGUAAUCAUUGAAAACAUUUAUUAUGUGCUUUUUAAGUCUUUAGUUUUUGCUCCCGAGUUAAAAUAUUGGUUAUUUUCCAUGGACGGUUGUAAAGUAAAAUGUACGUUGCUUUGUGGUUCAUCCGCAACUUAUUCUCAGACUAUAUUAUUUGAAAGCGCUGUAUACUGGGCUGAAUUUGGAUAUAGAGUGGUUUACAUUCAAAUAUCUCAGAUGACAUCUCUACCAAUUCCUUUAGAUGGUGCCAAACCACCUAGCGUGCAUGCACUGAAUCGUAUUACAUUCCUAACAUUGUCACAGUGGGAAGAUCUUGUCAAAUACACUUGUUCAAUACAUGAAAAUAGUCCAAAUGUGCCACAUGUAAUUUUAGUAUCAGACUUAAAUAAUUACUAUAUGCAUGAAGACAGUGAUCGAACUACAAGAUUAGCACACAUGCUAUGUGCUUGUUUGUGUGAUGCCAUUUCAUAUUGUAGUAAAGUACAUAAUUCUACAACAUAUUUAACCGUUUCAACACAAGACACUACACUCGAAACAGAUAAACUAUCUGCAAUGUAUUUUCCGUCAAACACUUGGGUUAGUAGUGUUGUUGAUGAUCAAAUAUUGUUUUGCAAAAAACAGCUUUAUUCACACCAACAGCAUAGCUGUAGAAUAAAAUUUAUCGAAGUAAACAAUAAACUGAGAUGCGAUUCUGUUAAAGAAUUAUACAUGUGAUAUAUUUUUGUUAUUAUUUUAUUAUAAUAUUGUUCAUGUUUUUUAAGUGCUUUGUUUCCUAUUUUUCUU